GCCUAAUGUUGUACUUUCGUUUUCAAUGCACUUGAGUUUUGUCAAAGUCGGCCCGCUCAUACUGGCCCUGAAUUAAACAUUUCAAAUAGAAGGCAAAAACCAAAAAUCAAAGGCAGAAAAAUAACCACUAUUGUUGUAGUCAAGAUGGUGAGGAGAGUCGGAAUAGUUGGCUAUGGGCACUUGGGUCAGUAUCUUGUCUCUGAGAUAGAGAAACGCUCAGAUAUAGAGCUCGCCUUUGUGUGGAAUCGAACUCAAGAGAGCAUGACAGGGAAAGUAGCAGAAGACAUUAUCCUCAAAGAUCUUGGUUCUUUCAAAGAAAGGAACGCCGAUCUGAUUGUUGAGGUCGCUCACCCGAGUAUUUCCCAACAGUAUGGCCCUUCCUUCCUGGCUCACUCGGACUACAUGAUCGGGUCCCCAACUGCCCUCUCUGACUCUGGGCUGGAGUCGAGUCUGCGCGCAGCCGCCCUCCAACACGGUCUCUAUGUGCCCUCAGGGGCAUUUUGGGGUGGGGAGGACAUCAAGAAGAUGGCAGACAGGGGAACUCUGCAGGCCCUCAAAGUGACCAUGAAAAAACAUCCAUCUUGCUACAAGCUGAACGGAGAAAUUGAGGCUCUCAACAAAUCUGUCUCUGACAAGGCAGUGACUUUGUAUGAAGGCAGUGUACGUGGCCUGUGUCCGGUUGCCCCCAACAACGUGAACACAAUGGCAGCUGCAGCGAUGGCUGCAAACAACCUGGGCUUUGACACAGUACAGGGAUGUCUGGUCUCAGACCCUCAACUAAGAGACUGGCAUAUUGUAGAGGUGGAGGUGUGGGGUCCAGGUGAUAUGGCGGCUGGUCGCGCGUUCCACGUGAAGACUGUACGUUCUAACCCGGCCAAUUUUGGUGCAGUCACUGGAUCGGCCACUUACGCUUCUUUUCUAAGCAGUAUGUUGGGAGCACAUUCCAAGGGCUCGGGCGUACAUCUGUGCUGAUCUACACCACAAAAAGUUGUUAGAUCUGUUUCACUUUGCAUUUAUGAUCUCAACUCCAGCAGAGAAAUUGUCAGAUUUUCUCCCUAACAUUUAAUUUCUCCACAGCAGCCAAAAAGUGUUAAAUUAAUAGCAUUUAUUUACAAUAAGCUUAUUGGUCCUCAGACUAUGUAGGCUUUGUCCUAUUAAGAAAUCUGUUAGAAGCUUGUAUACUAAUUUUUGUUUUGUACCUUUAGCUCCUCAUCAGAUUGUUGCCAUCUUUUAGUUGAAAUAACUCCCUAUGUUUAGUUUUGAUGUUAAUCACUUUGAAAACAGUGAAUUCCAUCAGAGAAGACAGGAGCUAGUACUAAUUUGCACUGAAGUACCGAAGAACAUGUGCUUUAACUUGAUUAACCAUAAUCAUUUUGGGUUGGAGAAGAAGAGUUUUCAGAUUGCUGUGACAAAACUUUCAGUUGCCGGAAGUUGGAGCUAAUACAAGAUAACACCCAGUUAAUGCUCUGUUUCAUGCACUGAAAGUAUUUUCAGCUGGACACGAUCCUUAAAUUGUUGAGACUGUAGGCUGCCGAGGUACAUUGGGGGGGUGAGCUGACUUACGGUAACUUCCUGUGAUCUGUACAGCUGUAUUCUUGUAGAUGUUGACUAAAGCUGUUUUGUUUUUCAAUCAAGGGUAAUUACGGGUGUGGUGACGGUAGCAGACAUUGUUUGUGGUUGUUUUGCUCAAUCAGGGGUAAUUACGGGUAUGGUGAUGGAAGCAGACGUUGGACAUGGUCAUUUUGUCUAAUCAGGGAUGAUUAUGGAUGUUGCGCUGAUAGAAUGAUUCCCAUCGUGCAACUGGCAAAUUGCUUUUUGUCUAUAAGUUCGAUUUUUGUGGACGCUUUCCUGUUUCAGGGAAGUAUCCAUUUGAGGGUGUGCCCUUUGAGAAUGUUAAAUCCUUGAACGGCACGAUAUAAUACGUACUACUCAGAAAAAGAAGUCUUCCUGUUGGUGUUUUCUUGGAGAAUCAGAUUUCCUUGUUCCAUUCUUCGCAUAAUAAUGAUAAUAGAUUGCAUUUAUAUAGCGCUCUAUCCCAUACAAGUAUAAGCCCUGGGUGCUGUACAUCAAUCACAGGAUCACUGAAAAGUAAUUGUUCAUUCACACAGGAUAAAAUAUUUCACUGUAACUAGUAAAUGCGGUUCAGCCACAUAAAGAAGAACCAUUACAAUCAUACAUUAAUGAUAUGCACGUAAGGACAGCACUAAAAAGAAAACAUACCAACACCUACUAAUACACUACUACUAAGAAUUAAACAAAUGAGUCUUGAACAGUCACUUAAAUGUUUUAGGAUUUGUUAUUUCUCUGAGAUCCUGGGGUAAGGAGUUACAGAUUUUAGGGUAAAAAAAUGAAAAGUUUCUCUCAACAGAAGUUCUUAAUUUCAUUCUAGAGGCUCUGAAUUUUGCUGCUUCUGUGGAUUACCGUAACUGACGAGGUUGAACGUACUGUGUUAAAGCUCAGAUAGAUUUGAUGGGGCUUUAUUGUUGAGCCUUAAACCAUGUAUCUAUAUUCUGCGCUAACUCUUGGUAUUAACCUAGGUACUUCUUUUUUCUAUUAGUUACAGCUUCAUAUCCAAGAGCUCUUCGCAGGGUGAAGGGCCUUUUUCGUGCUUAACGAGCACCAUAAGAAUAUAUAAGUGUACUUACAGCUCAAGACUACUUUCUAACAAUAUUAGGUCAGUAGUAUACACAUAACAAUAUGUUUCUUAAUCCAACUCCUAUCUGUGGUACAGUUCUCAUUUUUAACCCAAAAAACCCCCAAAUAUUCAUAAACUUUAAAUGUUAUUACUUAACAUAUGCCUUUAUGUCAGAUUUUAUCACAACCCCCGAUGGUGGGAUAAAUACAAUGUACUGUAAAUCUGCUAUGAUUUCUAAUUUGUUAAUCAACAAAGACAAAGAAAACGUUGCUUAUUAGUUCAGGAUUUCCAAAACCUGAAAUACUUUGGUGCAUUAUAUCAAAAGUUACCAGGGAAAAAUGUUUAAUUUUUUCAAGUAGAUGGCCUGUAAUACGUUUUGGAUACCAUUUGUUGCUCUUUAUCACAUGCGUACGCGAAGAGCAAUCUCAUCUCCCAUUAGUUUUUCUUUUCUUUUAGCAUUGGGUAUAUGAUGUAGUUGGAGGAGUAUGUAAGGGUUUAUCUGCUGUGUCGUAGUCAAACUAUGCAUUUUGAGUUUUUGUUGUUUGUCAAAGAAUGUAUUACAAAAUUUUGAGGGUUAUUUUUGUUGUUGUUUUUUAUUGUUUUGUUUUUUUAAAGUGUUGCUCAGCGCUUGCAACUGCAUAAGGUCAUAUGAUAGACAUAACAUAACAGAUGUUUUUGACUGACUAGACAGUGUGCUUUUCACCUGUGGCUUUGGUUACGUCCAGUUUAAGUUUUUUAAAUUUCCAGUUCAUGUGUCGUUGACUGAGUAAUAAUUUUAGGAUGAUGCUCAAUAGAUAUUUCAAUGUUUUGACAUUGUUAAGUCUUGUGAAGACCAUGAUGGAAGGACCAAAGUCACAAACUAAAAAUUCUUGAGUUAUUUCUUUAGUGAUCAUGUGCACUACUGACUACUGGUGUACUUUCGGAAAUUGACAAACCGAACAACGAACUCAUUAACUCAUUGUUUUUGUUUUUUCAUCAUGGUCUUCAUUUGAAAUUAAAUACAUGUUUCUGGGACCACAUGAGCUUUAAUAACCUCCCUCAAGGGAAAAUUGGAGAGUUGCCUUAUUGAUGAUGUCACAUUUCAAUAAAAUAUGUGAUUGAUUG